AUGGAGUUGCUUGGCUACGUAUUCAUGAACUUCCUCCAAGGGAAUCUCCCCUGGCAGGGCAUAAGUGCGGCAGCCAAGAACCAGAUGCACGUACAAAUCAUGGAGAGCAAGAUGACCACGCCAACCAAGUCCCUCUGUCAAGGCCAUCCCAAAGAAUUUGCCAUCUACCUCAACUACACACGCUUGUUGGGGUUCAAUGACAAGCCGGACUACCCCUACCUCCGCAGGCUCUUCCGCAACCUCUGCGUCUGCGAAGGCUUUACGCACAACUACGUCUUUGAUUGGUUCAUCAAGGCACGCAAAUAUAACCCAGCCGCCGCUGUCCCCACCUGCAAGCAGAUAGCCACCAAGGACCGUGAUCCCGCUCCCACACCGGCCUUGACAUGA